CAACAUAGAUCCAAAACCCAGAGCAGUGAUUCUCUCUCUGUCUCUAUGCUUCUGGCCACCUACCCUCUUGCUUUUCCGAGUUGCUGACUUGUGAGUGUCCCUCUGCAUGCUUCUUCCCACCAACCCCCUGUUUGUCCAAGCUGCAAAGCGUCCAUCAGCUCCGGUUGUUGAGGGACUCAGGCCUCUGAACUUCCAAGGGGUGGACAAUGGAGGACGGAGGCCCCCCCUCCCCGACAGCUGCUGCUGGUUCGUCGCCGGCUCCGUUCCUCAGCAAGACUUACGAGAUGGUGGACGACGUGAGCACUGACGACAUCGUGUCAUGGGGAACGACCGGUAGAAGCUUCGUGGUGUGGAAUACGACUGAGUUCUCGCGGCUCAUCCUCCCAAUCUUCUUCAAGCACUCCAAUUUCUCCUCCUUUGUCCGACAGCUCAACACCUACGGAUUUCACAAGAUUGACCCAGAGCGGUGGGAAUUUGCAAAUGAAGAUUUUCUAAAAGGUCACAAGCAUUUGCUAAAGAAGAUUCAGAGACGUAAGCCUGUUCAUAGUCAUAGUCAACUACUUUCACAAACAUGCAAUUCUUCGGUAAACAGUGAAAGGAUAGCACUAGAAAAGGAAAUUCAGAAUCUUGGUAAAGACAAAAGUUCCCUUCUGGAGAAACUUGGUAGAUACAGGCAGCAGCAGGAUGGGACCAAAAUCCAGCUUCAAGAGCUGGAGCCGUUGAUUAUUGAAAUAGAGGAAAGACAACUGAAAUUGAUGCACUUCUUGGCAAAGGCUGUUAAAAACCAACACUUUCUGGACAGUCUUGUCUGUGAGUUGGAAAGGAGCAUGCAGGUUAUCACCAUGAGUAAAAAGAGGCAGCGGCCAGACAUAUGUGAAGUUGUUGAAAAUAACUUUACAGAAAAUGAGGUUAUACAGAAACUUAUUUCCACCAGAGCUUCAGGACAUGAUAUUGGACAGACUGAUGACAGGGAUUCUUCAAAUAAAUUAAGACUGGGACUAUCACCUGUGCCUUCUAUAAAUUUAGUCUCUGACAGUAGGCAAGGUUCCUGUGAAAGUGGAGGGAUCACGCAAAAUAUCCAUUCCAGGGAAUGGGUAAGAGGCAUGACCAUCAGACUAGAAUCUUCAAUUCUAACCGAGUCACUAGAUCAUCCUGUCCUCACUUCGGCUCCCACCAAGGGAACUUCCUCUUUGAUGAAGCAUUCAUCUGAGGAAAUUGAUGGUCAUGUCCCAUGCUAUUUGUGCUUAACCCUUUCUUCAUCCCCAUUAUGGGCUAGUAAAUUUAGAGAUCCUGUUAGUGUUCAUUCUGGAGUUAUUGACAGGGAUAAAGAGGCAAACAGGAAAGCUACUACACAUAAGAGAAAUUUUGGUGGUGAUGUGAACUUCUCAUCAUCAAAAGAAGGUCGACUUACCGACCAGGCUUCUACUGCUUCUGUUGCAAGAAUAAAUGAUGUAUUCUGGGAACAGUUUCUGACAGAAAAGCCAGUCACGUCUGACAAUGAAGAAGCAUGCUCUAGUUUUAGAGAAACCCCUUGUGAGGAUCAAUAAGAAAUGAAAUUUGGGGUGGAAAAAUCAUGACUUGCACUACAAUUAUCUGGUUGUGAUGUAUGACUACUCAAUAGUCCCUGCCACAACAGAAAUAGUUCCAUAUCUGACUGCAUAUGGUCACGUGUAGAAUGUAAUUGGAGUUCGAGUGACGAGUCAUAUGCUGUAUACAGUACAUUACAGUCACCUGUAAAUUCUAUUGAUGUUUGAAUGAAUAAACAUCUUUUGUA